GUUAGGAUUGUCAUGUGGGAAUGUCCAGAUGACAGACCUGUAGAUAAGCCAGCGACGUAAACGAUUGUCCGUUGAUUACCUCCAUCGCCCUCUGAAGAGCCUGUCGAGAUCACGUGACCAUGGGGACGUUUAUUUUGUUCUUGUUUGCUUUGUCAACCGCCACAGCUACUGUCACGCUCAACAAUGUCAGCUACAUGAAAUUUGCAAGUUGUGAAACAGGCAACUCGGAUAUGUUUUCGGACUCUGCAUUUAAAGCGUCCUACGACCCACUCUUUAGUCUUCUAUAUGUGGCAGGUUCCAAAUGCGUUCGUAUCGUCAGUGUUGAAACUCCAGCAAGUCCAACAGUCGUAAAGACACAUUCCUUUACUGAUGGAAAUGACGGAAACCUCGUCGAUAUUGCUGUCUGCGGAAGCACUGUGGCUGUGCUGUUUGAGAGUGCAUUCGGACUCACAGAGGGUCAUGUUUACUUGUGCGAGCGUUACAAUAGUGCUACUGACCAAUUUAAGUGUGAUGGUUUCGAACGAAUUACAGUGGGCGAGUCUCCGAAGAGUAUGACUUUCACCAAUGAUUGUUCAAAGUUGCUAGUAGCCAAUGAAGGCCGGGCUGGGUUGGUGAACGGCGUAUUCACAGACCCCGAUGGAACCGUGUCUGUCAUCGACAUGGCGUUAGUCGAUACCACUACCCCUUGUACCACGGAACUCUCAACACACUUCUUCAAUGAUCAGUAUGUAAACUACCUACAGAAAGGAGUGAGGUGGACAUACCGUGGAGACCACAACAAUGGUAUUGUAACGCUCUUCUCCCAAGACCUCGAGCCCGAGCAGAUUGCCAUCAGCGAUGACGGAAACUGGGCUUACGUCACAAUGCCGGAAAACAAUGCGAUGGGAGUUAUCAACUUGGUGAACGUGGAAUGGCAUGACCUCAUACCAUUCGGAACCAAGGAUUGGCAGCCACAUGGCAUUGAUACAAGUGAUGCCGACACCGGUGCCAUAUUGGUAACAAAUUAUGACGUCAAGGGUUUGUACCAGCCAACCGCAGCCAUUUUCGUUCGGACUACUUCAACGACGUAUGUAGUAACAGCUAAUACUGGUGUUCCAAGGACGUAUACUGAAAAGGAACAAGGGGUAAAUUUCACCGAUAGUGUCAUGGCGCUGACCGCCCUAAGUGGUAACCAGAUAGACCAAGCGGCGAUAUCUCCUGAUCUGGCGUACAACCUCGCAACCAGUAAUCACUUAGGAAGAGUUCAAAUGAGCAACAGUGACGGCAGAAGUGUUAUUAGUGGCCUCAUUUCCGAUGUUCAUUUGUUCGGGGGUCGUGACAUCGGCUUCUGGGACAUCAACGACAGCUCAUUUAGAUACACAACGGGGGAUGACUUAGAGCGACAUGGCCGAGAUUCUUACAUGAAUGUGUUUAAUGGCGACUGUUCCAAUGCAUCACUCUCUCCGUCAGCUGAGAUGGACAGCCGGUCAACGCUUAUGGGUCCGGAACCAAAUGUCCUCGCCAGUGGUGUGUAUAAUUCCAGGACCCUAGUCACAGCCGCUACAAGGAACGGUCUUGUCUACGUGUAUGCGUUUAAUUUAAAUACGCCCUCCUUUGAGAGUGUACACAGGAUUGGAAACACCACGGCGACGUGGGGUCAAGCUCAGACUAUGUCAGAGGCCGGGGACGGGCUCAUUUCUGACAUGGGAUUCAUCACCCGCGGGUCCAACUCAUAUUUGUUUGUGAUCAGCAAAGCAACAGGUUCUCUCAGCAUUAAGGAAUUCGUGGAUGUAUAAUGCUCUGACUUAAUAAAAUUUAAAAAACGUG